AUGCAGCGGCUGCUGCUCAAAGGCGGGCGGGUGGUGAACGACGACCGCUCGCAGGUGGCCGACGUGUACGUCGAGGACGGGCUCGUGCGGGCCGUGGGGCCGCAGCUGGAGCCCGGAGGGCCCGCGGGGCUGCGGGUGGUGGACGCCACCGGCAAGCUGCUCCUGCCGGGGGGGAUCGACCCGCACACCCACUUGCAGUUCCCCUUCAUGGGCACCCAGUCGAAAGACGACUUCUGCCAAGGGACAAAGGCAGCUCUAGCAGGAGGAACCACAAUGAUCAUUGACUUCGCAAUUCCUCAGAAAGGCUGUUCUCUCAUUGGAGCUUAUGAGCAGUGGAGAAGCUGGGCUGAUCCCAAAGUUUGCUGUGAUUAUGCCUUGCACGUGGGAGUCACUUGGUGGAGUGACAAGGUCAAAGAAGAAAUGAAAAUUCUUGCCCAAGAGAAAGGAGUCAAUUCCUUUAAGGCCUUCAUGGCAUAUAAAGGCCUCUAUAUGAUUGGAGAUACAGAGUUACAUGCAGCCUUUUCUCAGUGCAAACAAAUUGGGGCAAUCGCUCAAGUUCAUGCAGAAAACGGGGAUUUGAUUGCAGAGGGUGCAAAGAAGAUGUUAUCCCUGGGGAUAACUGGCCCAGAGGGGCAUGAACUGUGUCGCCCGGAAGAAGUGGAAGCUGAAGCCACCCUGAGAGCAAUCACCAUCGCGAACUCCGUGAACUGCCCCCUUUAUGUAGUUCAUGUGAUGAGCAAGUCUUCAGCCAAGGUGAUUGCUGAUGCACGGAGGGAAGGGAAAGUUGUAUAUGGGGAGCCCAUAGCUGCCGGUCUGGCUACAGAUGGAAGUCACUACUGGCAUAAGGACUGGCCACAUGCUGCAGCCCACGUGAUGGGACCUCCUCUGAGGCCAGAUACUUCAACUCCAGAUUUUCUCAUGAAUCUCCUAGCAAAUGGUGACCUGUCUGUGUCUGCGACAGAUAACUGCACCUUUGACAUAUGCCAGAAGGCUUUGGGAAAGGAUGAUUUUACAAAGAUCCCAAAUGGGGUGAAUGGCGUGGAGGACAGGAUGUCAGUUAUUUGGGAAAAGGGCGUGCACAGUGGCAAAAUGGAUGAAAACAGAUUUGUGGCAGUUACCAGCACGAUUGCAGCUAAAAUCUUUAACCUGUACCCAAAGAAGGGGAGAAUCGCUGUGGGCUCUGACGCGGACAUUGUCGUUUGGGACCCCAAGGCUACAAGGACCAUCUCGGCAAAGACACAUCACCAGGCUAUUGACUUCAAUAUAUUUGAAGGAAUGGUCUGCCAUGGGGUGCCACUCGUAACCAUUUCACAAGGCAAAGUGGUUUAUGACAGAGGAGUCUUCCAUGUAGCAGCAGGACAGGGGAGAUAUAUUCCUCGAGAUCCAUUCCCUGAAUAUGUCUACAAGCGGAUCAGACAGCGGGAUCAGGUCUGUCAGCCUGUUCCUGUCCAGCGGGACCCAUAUGUGGGCAAAGUGAUUCCGCUCAUUCCAGCAAGAAAAUAAAUCCCACACAAUAGCUCAGCUUUUGCAGGUAAUCUGUUUUGCAGCCAUAUUAGCCUACA